UCAUUUUUUCCCUAAUCGGAAGUUAGUUUUAAAGAUAUCGCUGAGCUCAGCUUACACUAAGAACGCAAACUUUCCCCAAAUUUUGUUGUUCUUCUGACGCUUUCUGCUGAAUUCACUCUCCUUUCUACCAGAAAUCGACGGAGAUGGAUGCCGAUAUUCAACGUAGAAUCAAGGAAACCGUCCGCAACAUUCUUGAAUCUUCCGACAUGGACGAGAUGACCGAGUCCAAGAUUCGAACCCUCGCCUCCAAAGAGCUCGAUCUCGACCUCUCAAGAUCCUCCUACAAGGCUCUGGUUCGCCAGGUCGUGGAAUCCUUCCUCGAAGAACGAGCUGAAGAACAGCCGCAGGAGGAGCAAGAAGGUGCCCCUGCUAAGGAGAAGGAGUACGACGACGACGGCGAUCUCGUUGUUUGUUGGUUAUCGAGCAAGAGGAAGGUGACGAUUCAGGAUUUUAGAGGGAAAACUCUGGUUUCGAUUAGGGAGUUUUACAGGAAGGAUGACAAAGAUCUCCCUACGGCUAAAGGAAUAAGCUUGACCGAGGAACAGUGGUCUGUCUUUAAAAAGAAUGUACCCGACAUAGAGAAAGCUAUUAAGAAUAUGCAAUCACGAAUAAUGUGAAGUUAUCAUAUGGUGGACGGUGGUCGAUGGUUUGAAGCCAUGAUGCUGUGUGUCUACUGAAGCCAUAUUUAUCACCAUGAAAAGGGGAAGGGGUUUUCAUUUUGGGAAUUGCUGCAGUUUCUUGACUGCAGAAUAUUUUGGUAUUUUGGUACUUCUGUUUCGAGCCUAGACUGCUGACACUCAUAAAACUUUAAAGUGCCUGUACUUUCAAAGCAUCAAAGUGGUCAACUAUGGUAUAGAUUCACCAUCACCAGAGCUCAUAAUGAUGAAAAGUCUCUUAUCUAGUUGUUUCAUGCUCGAAAGCACGUGACAUAAAUGUAUGUGUGUGCUAUCCGAGCCAUGUCAUUGAAGGUUAAUUAUCUUUGACAUUCGAUAAUGAACUGAUUCGAUUUUAGGAGACUGAAAUUAGGCUGUGACUACAUAUAUAUCGUGCUCUAAAUUUUGCAGGUUUGUUUCAGGAAUUAUUAUCAUGCUCUAAAGUCUAAACCCAGAACAGCUUGCUGCAUUCCGCAAAGAUACCCCUAUUCAUUUUAUGGUGUUUGUGUAUCUAUUUUCAGCAUUAUUUCCAGGUUUUUAAAUUUCUCAUGGACUUGUCGUUUUAUUUGGAUUGUAAUAUUGUUUCCUAGGCUUUCUGUUCUGGAAUGAGGAAUCUCCACACUUCAUACUUCAUUUUAACCAUGGAAUAAGAAAACAAGGGUACAUUCUCUGUU